AUGGGAGGCGACGCCACGAGGGUCGAUGACGCGUGCGACAGGGCCGCCGCGGCAGAGGAGGACAGCAGCAAUAGUAACAGCAACAGCGGGUGUGGUGACGGCGAGGGUGAGGGCGACGGCGACAGCGGUGCGCCGGGCGAUAACGAGCUGAAGAAGGGGCUAUGGACAGCCGAGGAGGAUGCGGUGCUGAUGGAGUGCGUGCAGCGGUUCCGCGAGGGCAACUGGACCACCAUCGCGCAGCGCUCGGGGCUGGCGCGGUCGGGCAAGAGCUGCCGGCUGCGGUGGGUGAAGCACCUGAGCCCCGCCAUCCGCCCCGGCCCGCUGAGCGAGGCGGAGCAGCGACAGGUGAUCGAGCUGCAGCGGCGGUACGGCAACAAGUGGGCGCUCAUGGCGCAGCACAUGCCGGGGCGGUCGGACAACGCGAUCAAGAACUUCUGGAACUCGUACCGCAAGCGCAUGCAGCGCCGCGUCAAGGCCGCUGCUGCCGCUGCACGGGAUGGGGGGAGUGGAGGGGGAGGAGUGAGUGGGGGUGGCGCGGGUGAGGCGGAUGGCGAGGCGGGGGAGGGGGAGGGGGAGGGAAGGGGGGAAGGGGAGACAGGGCAGGCAGCGCAGCAGGGUGAGAAGGAAGAGCAGGGGCUGUUGCGUGCUGGUCAAUCCAUGACCACACCCGCAGCAGUAGCAGUGGCAGCGGCGUCGGCGUCAGGAUCAGCAGCAGCAGCAUCAGCAUCGCCUGUGUUCCUCGCCCGGUCGUCCACGCUGCCAGCGGCAGCAGCAGCAGCAGCAGCAGCGGAGGCGAGUGUGGGCGCGCGGGUGUUCCCCAGAGCCGUCUCCCAUGGGGCUGCGUAUGCCACGAGCGGCAGCAGCAGUAUCAACACCAUGCACACAUCGCCGCUGCACCCCUCGCCCCUCCAGCCCUCCCCGCCGCUGUUCCACUCACCCUCGCUGCCUGCUCUUGCCCUCGCAGCUCCCACGCCCCUCGCCUCCUUCCCCCACCUCAGAGCAUCCGCCUCCUCCUCCUCGCUGCUCACCGUGCCUCGCUCGCUCGCCCCCACACCUCCUGGACUUACCCGCGCACACCCUGCUGCUGCUGUUGCCGCACCCCUUGUGGCAGCCGUACCGCCCAUGCCUCGCCUCACACCUGUCCCUGCAGCAGUGCGGGGCCCGCACCAGUCCUCAGACUGCCACGUGGCAGGCGUGGCGGGGUCGCCGCUGCUGGACCAGCUCAGCGCGCUCAGGUGCAUGGAGGAGGAGGAGCAGGGGGGGGGCGGGGGACCUGGCAGACCCGGGGCGGGCUCAACUGGGGCAGAGGUGAGGGGAGCUGAGGGAGAAGCAUGCAGGCCGGCCUCUGCAGGCGGUGUGGUUCCUGGUGCUGCUGCUGGCGGGUUGCCUGACCACAUCAACGGAGUGAAUGGGUUUGCACGAGACAGCUCACAGCAGGUGCUGGGUGCUUCCCCCAUGCGCCUGCCCCUUCCGCGCCUGCCGCCAUACCCAGCCAUGACAACACCCGCGUGCACACAGCACCCCAUGGGAGGGGCGACCAUGCGCAGAGCACUCUCCUUCUCCCCCGCCACUCCCCUCACCGUCCUGCCCGCCACCACCCCUCCGCGCUUCCCCACUAUGCCUGCGCACACCGCCCUCACCACCGCUGCUCCCGUGAGCACGCUAACACCAUCUGCUGUGUCGCUACCAGCAGCCCUCAUGCCCCGCCCCAUGCCUCUACCUGUUCCUCUGCCCGGGGCCGCACCUGGGAGUGCCACUCCUUGGAGCAACGCAGUGGGAAGCAGCAAGGGCCGGGGGCUGUGUGCGGGCAACCCACCGGUACCUGCCGCACAGGCAGGCGGCAGUGCGGGGCACGGGACGGUCAGGCCUGGGGGACCCACCCGCCCGCUCCUCAUGCUGCCUGACGGCCACACACACGCUGCGCUGCUGCACACGCCCUCCCAUGCGCUCGCCUGCUCUCAGGCGCCUGGCGGUGUGGCGGGGUGCGUUGAGGCUAAAGCCCUGUUGGGCCCUGCCGUGCUGCCACAAGGGGUUGCGCCGCCCUUGCUGCUGCCGCCACUGCAUGAACCCCUGCAGCCGCAACCACAGCAGCUGCAACAGCAGCAACAGCAGCAGCAGCAGCAGCAGCAGCAGCAGCAGCAACAGCAGCAGCAGCAGCAGCAGCAGCAGCAGCAGCAGCAGCAGCAGCAGCAGCAGCAGCAGCAGCAGCAGCAGCAGCAGCAGCAGCAGCAGCAGCAGCAGCAGCAGCAGCAGCAGCAGCAGCAGCAGCAGCAGCAGCAGCAGCAGCAGCAGCAGCAGCAGCAGCAGCAGCAGCAGCAGCAGCAGCAGCAGCAGCAGCAGCAGCAGCAGCAGCAGCAGCAGCAGCAGCAGCAGCAGCAGCAGCAGCAGCAGCAGCAGCAACAGCAACAGCAGCAGCAGCAACAGCAGCGGUGCGUUGCUGUGUCUCCCCUGUGUGGCAGCAGUGCACAUGGUGUGCGGGACGUGGCUCUCCGGAAGGGUAGCAACCUGGCUUAUAACGCGGAUGGAACCCAGCCUUGCCCUUGUGACGCUUGGGAGUGUAACGAGGGAGAUAACGUUGUGCAAUCGGCUCAAGACCGCGGCACUGACUGCUGUGAGUACGGUGCACGCACGCUGGUGCUGCACGGGGGCACGGGGGAGGGGCGGAGCAGAGGGGGCGGCAUGGAGUGGGAGGGAGCUGGAGGGGUGGAGGUGGAAGAAGGGAGAGUUGAGGAGAAGGGGGAGGAAGGCGAGUGGGAAGAGGGGAUGGAGGGAGAGGAGGCGAGGGAGGCGGGGGCGAGGGAGGGUGGUGAGCUUCAACGCUUGUGGCUUCCACCGUAUCUGGACACGCCGCAGAGCUCCUCCCCGUGCGGUUCAGUGAAUCUGGACGCGGUGGGAGCGGGCUUUGAUGCGGAGAUACUCGUGGCGUUGGCUGAUGAAGGCACGGGCGCACAGAGCGCAGGUGCACUGCCCGCUGCCACUGCUCCUCAUGCCUCGUCUGUGGGGGCGGCUGCUAGUGCGGGUACCGCUGGUGGUGCCGCUGCUGCGGCGGCAUCUGCCUGUGAGGAGAGGGGGCAGCAGCAGCCGCGCCGUGGGCAGGAGCAGGAGUUGGGCACACAGCAGCACGGGCAGCAGCAGCAUGGGGGCGAGGUGGAUGGGGAGGAGAGCCUGUCAGGCACGCUGUGCUCGCCCUCCACUGCUGCCUCGCCCGCUGCUGCGCCCUGCAUGGGCGACCACACGCCCAUCUCCAAGCGCUCCUCCCUCGCCUCGCACACACCCCUGCGCAAGAGCACGCCUGUGUCUGCCCGGCGCCCGCUCUUCUGCGCGAGCAUAGAGGAGGAGGAGGAGGGCGAGCAGGUGAAGGAGAAGCAGGAGAAUGAGGAGCGGGGGCGUGAGUGGGAGUGUGUGGCAGCAGAUGAUGGUGAUGCAGGUGGUGAGAAAGAGCGUGGAGGAGAGGAGAGCGGGCAGCAGGGCGGGCAGCAGGCAGCGCAAGGGUUGGCAGGGGAGUGCUUGGCGGCGGGUGUGUGGGCGUGCAGUGGGGACAGGGAGCGCGACACUGUGUCUCCCCUGCACCGCCACCUGCCAGUGGCCGUGGCUGUGGGUGACGCAGGUAGGGUGGGAGGGGGCAUGGGGACUCAGGUAAAGGAUGAGGCUGGCACGGAGAUGGAUGGGCAUGGCAAGGCCAAGGCCGUGAGUGGCCAAGGACUUGCGGAUAUGGGAGGAGGGGGGCAGGGGAGGGGUGCGACUUGUGAGAGGGAGUUGGAGAAGGGGUUGCAGGACGGAGUGGUGGAGGGGUCUCUGUCUGGGGGGUCUCUGUCUGGGGGGUCUCUGUUUGGGGGGCUGUGCUCGCCCGUGCCACUGCUGCCACACACUGCAGCAGCAGCAACGGCGGCGGUGGAGGAGGCUGCAGCGGAGGCUGCAGAAGAGAAAGGGGAAGCAGCAAGAGUGGAGGCAGCGGGGCUAAUGCAUCCUGUGAUUGCUGCUGCUGGAGGCGCAACCACAUCAUUCGCAGCAGUGGCACCACCACCACCAGCGCCAGCAGCGCCAUGGGCGUUCUUUCCAACCCGUCCGCACCUGCUGUGGUCGCCUGCUCGCUCGCCCCUCUUGCCCCUCUCACCCCUCUCCCCCACGCCGCGCUGCCUGCCGCCUGCUGUGUUCCCGGGCAUGGGGAGUGUGGGUGCUGCUGACGGCAUGGACGCCAGGGGGCGUGUGGGCAGGAAGAGGCCGCUGGGUGGGCUGCCAGCCGCAUCAUGCCCCGUGGGUAGCGCCGCUGGUGCUGCUGGUGCAGUGGGUGCAGAUGGGGUGGAUACCAUGGGCAGGGUGGGCGGUAAGCGGCCCCUGGGGGACGUGUCAAGGCUGGGUGGCAUGCGGCAUGUGGGGAGUGUGGGAGGGAUGAAGGGGCUGGGUGGCAUGGGUCGCUUGGCGUGCGUGGAUGCUGUGGGUAGGGCAACAGCUGGUGCGGACAGGGUGGAGCCCAGUGGGGUGGUAGGGGCAGUGAGGAGGGGGCAGGGCAUGGGGAUGGUCACUGCUGACGUCACCACGCCGCUGUUCCCGCUUCCUGCUGCUGACGCCAUCAUGCCCUGCGCUGACGUCACCAGCCCACUUGUGUUGGGCGAGAUGAGGGAGAGAGGGGAGAGUGGGGGAAUGGAGGGGGGAGGGGCUAGCGGGGAGGUGGGGAAGGGAGAUGCGGAUGGAGAGAUGGUUGCUUUGGGGGACAGUGGGGGUGGGGGUGGUGAUGUGGGGAGUGAUGGCAGUGAUGCGGGUGGCAGUGGGGGCGGCAACAGUGGUGGCGGUGGCAGUGAAGAGGCAUGCGAGCGAGAGCUGGUGGAUGGCAUGAAUCGCCUGCAGACGGGUCAGGCGGUGGAGGGCGAGGAGGGCGAGGAGGGUGGGGAGGAGGGGGAGGAGGGGGAGGAAGGGGGAGAAGAAGGGGAGGAGCGAGAGGAGGAGGUGGAGGAAGGGGAGGCGGAGGGUGUGGAGGCUGUAGGGGACUCGCAUGACCUUGAGAGGGAAAUGGGGGAUGGCGGGCAGAAUGGAGCACAGGGAGGGGGGUGUGAGGUGAAUCAGGACGGUGGUGUGGCUGGGAGGGGUGGGGAGUGCAGCACACAGGCUCGGCGAAUGGAGGUAGGGACAUGUGAGGGGGGCAGUGGUGCGGGGGCCAGUGGUGGGGGGGGAUUGCGGCAGCCAAGGAGUGAGGAGAGCAUGGCAGUGGAGCAGACAGCACGGAGGGCGGCGCAGCAGCAGUGGGUGGUGGACGAUGGGUUGACUGCGGAUGGCAGUGCGCACAAGCGAGUGAGGGUCAUGCAGGGUGGUGAGUGCAGGGCGCGAGAGCAGGGCUGUUGGGCGCACCCGGUGGAAGAAGAAAAAGGAAGCAACGAGGAAGCUGCUAGUGCCGGGGAGGAGUGCAGAGAGCAGGGGGUGCGGGUGAGCAAGGGAGGCAGCAGUAGCGGGCACAGCAAGGCGAGGCAGAGGAGGGGGUGCCGCAGCCAGCGACCCAUGACCGUUGAGAUCCACCGCCCGUUCAUGCGUGUGACUCGUGUGGCGGGGAAUGCAGGCCUGCAGGUGGAGGGGAGGAGCGUGAGCAUGCAGGAGGCUGCAGGUGGCGUGGUGCGGGAGAAUGAGCAGCAGCAGCAAGGGGAGGAAGAGGAGGCAGGGGUGCAUGGCAUGAGUGAGGAAGGAGGAGCAGACAGGGCAGGCGACCCGGCACUGCACAAGGGAAUGUCCGAGCAGCAGCACGGGGAAAAGAACGGACAGCAGCAGCCGCAGCAGCAGAGCCCCCUGCUGUAUCACUUCCACGGCUCAUCCUUGUUCACCCCCACUCAAGCACCCCUCCUCACGCCCUCCCUCACCUCCGCCUUCACCCCCUCCUUCACCCCGCCCUUCUCCCACCCCCCUCCCCUCACCUCCCCCCACUUCGCCUCCCUGCUCGGCGCAACGCCACCACCAGCCCACGGCAAUCCAACAGGCGCAAAUCCCUCAAAGGAGGGGAACAUGGAGGGAAACCAUGGCUUCGGACAUGGGCACGAGGAUGGAAGGGGGCAUGUGCAAUCGCAUGGCCAUGCGCCUGGGUCGAGAUCAGGAGUGGGGUCAGGGGCGCUGCUAGCUGCAAGCCCGCGGUUUGAGAGUGGAUGGGUGUGGGACAUGAAGCUCGAUGCUCUCUCACCAGCCGCUAUGGCUUCCCACUAG